GAAUUGGUGUACUGCUUGUGAGCACUGACCAACUAGCCAGCUAGUUCUCAUUUAUUUUUCCCUCCUUCUCACUUCAGGUGCCUAUGAAGCACAUUUGGUCACAUUUGGCUUUUGCUAAGGCUGCUCCCACAUCACUUGUGCCAAUGUUUUGGCAUUUCUACAAUUUCUCCAAUGUGGCUUGGUGCUUCAGCUCAAUCGGCUCAAAAACGAUUGGAGAGAAAGAACGUAGAGCCAUGUCCGCAUCUGCCAGCAAUCCAACGGUGGCCAUCUUCAAUGUGGCAUUGAUUGGCCAUGUGAAUCCAACCUUCCCAUUGGUACAAGAGCUGGUCAGAAGGGGCUGCCGAGUUCACUACUUUUUGCCAAAGGUUCCACAGAUUUGGGAUGCUGCCAGAGAGUCUGGUGCCAUCGUCGAAAGCUAUCUACCAGAUGUUCCUGAGCUGGUGCUGGAAGAAUGUGGCACACAAGUACCACCAGAGGAUCUUCGACCUGAAGAGCAAGAAGCCUGGGCAAGAGCGGUGUGGCCUUUGGCAAGUACACUCCUUUGUGGUGAGCAUGUCAUCCAAAGGUGUCAAGACUUGGGCGUGUCAGUUGUCUUGUACGACCCGGCUGCACCACAUGGCUUGCUGGUGGCAUUGAAGCUAGGGAUUCCAAAAGCUUCGUUGGUGACCUUUCCGGGCAUUGGAAGCCUGGGCGAUAUAAUGGCACACCAAGAUCGAUUGGAGAAGUUAGCUGGUCUUCGAGCACCUCUUGGACAGGCCAUCGAAGAGAGGUUUGGAGUUGACUUGCAAGUGAAUUUGUUGACCCGCAGACAUUAUUUGACGGCUGUGAACUUCAUAACCACUUGCAAAGAUUUGGUGGCUCCAGUUCCAAGUGAGGCGGCUUGGGCCCAAGAGUUGAGUCGCUUUCGCUUCCUGCCCAUUGGUUGCUUAGUGAGCAGCACGGCUCCACACAUCUCUUCGGCACCCGGAAAAGUGCCUGGAAACCUCAGAGAUGACCUGCCCAUGAAGGAACUUCAUGAACAGCUCGUAGCGGGACGUCGCAUCAUUUUUGCUGCGUUGGGUACCAUGGCUUUGAAUGAGCGUUGGAAUAUGGACUUGGGGCGAGUGUCUUCAGGAAACCUCCCGACAGGUACAACUGGAAAGCAGUACUGUCAACAUGUUUGGAAAGCACUGCUUUGUGCUAUGGAAGACCUUGGAGAUGAAUUCUACUGUGUGCUGUGUGCAGGGAAGCAGCCAGAUGCUUUGGACUUUUUGGAGAAAGACUCACAGCUUCCGCAGAAUGUCAUCGUGCGAGCCUCCGUCCCCCAAGUGGAGAUGCUCAACAGUUAUGCCAGUGUCUUUUUAUCCCAUGUGGGUUUCAAUAGCCUGCAAGAAAGCCUGAUGGCGGGUGUUCCACUGGUGGCCGUGCCACAAGCAGUGGACCAACCUGCAAAUGCCAUGAAGGUUCAGAAUUGCUCUUGGGGAAUCUCCUUUCUUCAUCCCAUGGAAACAGUCACUAGCAGUGCUAUGGCCUCAGCACUGCGAAGCCUGGCUUGCCCAAGCUCGCCCUGCCGAGCUGCUGUGCAGGCAGCUCGCCAGCACCUAGAGGGAGGUGUGGAACGCUUAGCCGAGAAGCUGCUGGAGAUGCAGUGAACUGACCCAGCCACCUCCGCUCUAUUUGUACAGGGAGAGUGGCUUCGACUUGCAAAUUUGAGCAUUUAGGCAUGCACAAACUCCUGCAUGCACAGUGUUUGGGCACAGCUUUGUACAGCGUGCGUCUGAUGCACGGUAUGUCCAAACUCCUCACCUUUUGGCAUCAGCAGCGCAGAUGGCAUGAAUUGUAGCGAGAGCCAACCGAAAA